AUGACCAGGGGAAAUCAGCGUGAGCUGGCACGCCAAAAGGCUGCCAAGAAGGCUAAUGAGAGCGGCAAAGGGAAGAGAAGUGACGAUGGACUCUCGGCUGCCGCUCGGAAGCAGAGGGAUGCUGAAAUAAUGCAGCAAAAGCAGAAAAAGGCAGAUGGUGGCGAGAAAGAUAACCCAAAGUCCAAGUGA